CGUGUUCCCUGCGUGGGCUUGGCCUUUAUGUCCCUCCGUUACUGCAGGACCUGUCCCCUUCCAUCCUGCUAUAUUUACUUUUAUUGUUAAUGAUAUUUUUGGCGGGUUCUCGGAGCUGGGCGUGGCCUCAGCUCCCCCUCCUUCAGUGGGCGUGGUCUCAGUCCCCCCUACUUUCCUCCCGACCGCACCCUUCCCUCCUUCCAUCUACGGACUCGGCCAUGGCGUGCGCAGCCCCACUGCUCCCGCUGCUCCUGUGGUUGCUGCUGGGAGACCCCGCGGGGGGCCAGGGUGGCGACUUCGACCUGUCAGAUGCACUAGACGGGCCGAAGAAACCGACCCCAGGGACAACCAAAGCGGCACCCAAGAAACCAGCAGGUGACCUAGACCUGAAGGAUGCAAUGGGAGAUGGGGCGCGGCAGCGUUUGACGUCAUCAUCCUCGGCGCUCUACCCCUCUCAAGGUGGAAUUUCUGACACGGACCUGGAAGACGUGGUGGGGAAAGGAGGUCGAGGAGCAGGAGGGGGCGGGGCCAGACGCGAGGACCCGGAAGCAGGAGGAGGCCCUGCCCAGGAGGCCGUGAUCCCUGGGGUCGUGGCGGCCGUCUUGGCGGCAGUAGCAGGCGCUGUAUCGAGCUUCGUGGCCUAUCAGCGGCGGAAGCUAUGCUUCCGGGAGCGUGACUCCGCUGUGGUCUAGGGAAGGAACCCCUAGAGAACCCCAGGGGCUCCGGCUCCACCCAGCCCUAUGACGUCACCGGGAACUUUUUCCAAUGACGUCACAGCGACCAUCUUGGAGGAUGUCAUGAAGCCGCAACCCAGCUUUCCCUCCUGCGUGGUCAGGAGGGGGUGUGAGGGGCAUUGGUGACGUCACAGGAGGCUCCCGACCCAUGCCUCCCAGCCAUUGCAGUGACAUCCACACAGUGCCAAAGCCCGACUCCGCCUUCUGUUCUGAGGAGAGAAAAAGAGGAGUCCUGGUGCCUUAUGGGAUAUGGGUGGGUGGGCGUGUGGGUGGGACUGGGAACACAGAAGUGAAAUAAACGUGACUUCCAUAAACUGGAA